GUUCCACUGAAAGCUGCGCCGGCUACAAAAGAAGAUAGCUUGAGCUCAAGCAGCUCUGAGGACAGCGAACCCACAAAGGAUUCAGAGAAAACACUCAUCCUGGGCGAAGAAGAAAACCCUGGCGACAAGGACAAGGAUGAGCGACCGUUGCGAGAAGCUGAGCCUGCGCCUCACAACAAGCCACCCUCAGAGCGGAAACGAGAACGAGAACACCGGCACCGUUCUGCACGCCGUGACCGUGACCGCCGCCGCCGUCGAGGGAGGUCUGAGUCUGAGCGCAAAAAGGCUUCAAAGCAGAAAUCUCACCGCAAGCGGGAGAGUGAGCAUUCCAAAGCUAGCAAGCCUAGAAAGUCCAAGGCCGAGCUGAAGUCCCGAUCACGCACACCUCUGGAACGCCUGCGGCGCAUGCAGCGCCAUCUUCCAGAACGCGAGUCGGAGUCACCAGCACCAGGCAAAGAAGUGAAGCUCACUGCAAGCCGCCCUGAAUCGAAGCAGGCAUCGAGUGCUCCCGGUGCUCCCUUGACGUGUCCAAUCUGUUGGAAGGUCAUGAGGACAGACUCAGAGUAUUCCCUGAGCCAACACAUAUGGCAGAGUCAUCCCGACAGUGAAGAGGCAGCUGUUAGAUCCCAACAGCACCUUGCGCUGCGGGCCACUCGUGGCAAAUCGCAAAGCUCCUCAGCCUCAGCGAAGGCAAGGAGUCAUGCAAAGCCUUCACUGCCAGGGUCCGAGGUUCAGUUGUCUGCAAACGCUUCUGCGGACAAGUCUGAAGUUGGCACCUCGAGCGAAGCGGCUGGAAGUUUGGCUCACAGCAGCCGCCGCGAGCUUGCUGCCUCACUUCUCGAUUCAAUCAAGAUGAUUUUGGAAGAUGGCCGCGAUUGA